AUGACGCAGUCUCCACAAGACAGCCCCCCUCAGGGAGAGCAGCAGCAGCAGCAGUCACACCAGCAGCAACAGCAGCAGCAACAGCAGCAGCAACAGCAGCAGCAGCAAGGGCAAGUUUGCCCCACAGAAAAAGAAGAACAGGAGAGCUGCUCUUGUGGUGUAACCACUUCAGCAGACAGCCCUGGGGAGCCUGCAUCAGCAGAACUACACGGGGGCCCCCUUGAGGCCACUCCUGCUGCUGCAGCAGCUGCUUCACCUACAGCAGCUUCUACUUCCCCUGUAUCAUCUGCUUCACCGAUGGCCGCUUCCGAUGGUGGUUGGGCUGCGGCUCUGAGUGUGGCGAUCCCUCGGGACAUGGAUGCUGAUGGGGGCCCCGAGCAGCAACAGCAGCAGCAACAGCAAGGGAGACAAGGGGAUAGGCCCCUUGCAUCUACUGUAGAGGAUUCUUUGUCUCCACAGUCUCAGGCUUCCUCUCUAGAGUCUGCAUGCAGAGAGACGGAACAAAAGUGCAAGUCCAUGGAGGGAGCAGCAGCAGCAACAACAGCAACUGCUGCUGCAGCAGCAGAAGCUGAUUCACCAGCUGGUACUGCGAAAUCUGCUGCUGCAGCAGACGGCGGAAGCCCUGUUGCAGCAGAGCAGGAAGCUGGAAAGGAGCAAGUGAACGAGGAGACAGUACAGGAGGAGACAGUUCGAAGGGAAGACGAGGAGGGGGGCAGCUGUCUUGCUUCUAUGGAUGGAGUGUCUCCGAAGCAGCAGCCACAUAGGAAGGGUCGCAGAGGAGGCAGAAGGAUAGGAGGUACUCCAAGGGGAGGCAAGCGGCGCAACAGUAGCAGCAACUGCAGCAGCAGCAGCAGUAUUAGUAGCAGCAGCAGCAGCAGUAGUAGUAGUAGUAGCAAUAGCAGCCAGAAUGGGAACAGCAUUUAUAUGGAAGACGAUGGCGCGACUGCUGCAGUAGCUGCGUCGGUGAAAGAUGAGGCUACCAGCAGCAACGACAGCAGCAGCAGCUCUAGAGGUGCCUUAGAUGGCUCAGAAGCAACUGCAGCAGCAGGACCAACAGCAGCAAACGGCGGGAGGGUCAGAAGCAGGCGGCCAUCCGACCAGACAUCUGCAGGUGCGUUGAGUACGGAGGAGGGAGACGAUUCUGCAGCAGCAGGCUCCGCAGCAGGAGCACCAACAACAGCAGAAGGAGCAGAAGAAGCAUGCACAGGAGAAGCAGCAACAGCUGCUGCUGAAGGCCCGAAGCCAAGAGACAGGAGGAGAAUUAAAAGGCCUGCGCGGUAUGAAGAGUACAUAGCGGACACACAACAAGCAGCAAAGCUAGAGGAUAGUUAUCGGUCUCCCCUGCAUAUGGGCUCAAGGCAGCAGCAGCAGAGGAAGCCCCGCAAACUAUCAGCAGCAGCAGCAGCAAGGGCAGCAGCAGGAGACGCGGGUCCCAGGGGGUUCAAGAGGAAAGAGAGGCCAGUAGAGCAGUUUCCUUCCCACGCAGAUGGGGACGCCGCAGCGGGAGGGUCAGCAGCACCAGGAUCACGAGCAGCAGGAGCAGGACCAGGUGCUGCUGCUGCUGUGGCCGGUUGCCAGCCGUCCCCCAACGGAGGUACUGUUAGCACGCGUAAGAGACGUCUUAUACCAUGGCUUGACUUAAAUGCUUUAGAGACAGCAGCAGCAGCAGCAACCCCACGGGCACCUCCCAGCAUCGACCGUGCAGUUGCAACAGGUUUGGCUGCCGCUGCUGCUGCCGCUGCUUCACUAGCACUGCCCCUCGCACAGCAGCCACCAGCAGCAACAGGAGGAGCAGCGGAAGCAGCAACAGCUGCAGAAGAACCUGCGGGGUCACGAGGACCCAGCGAAUCCUUCCCUCCUGACGACGGGGUGCAGGCCCUCUUCAACAGAGCCAUGGGCGUGCUCAGAGGCAACACUGAUGAAGAAGACCAGCAACAGCAACCGCAACUGCAGCAGCAGCAGCAACAGCAGGGGGACCAGGAACGAGCGGGGCCAGCGCCCCGUUCUGGGCGACAGGCUUCGGACGAAAUCCUCGUUAAGACGGAGACAGACGGAGAUACAGAAGGGACCUCUAGGCCUGCACAAACUGCAACGCCCCAGAGAGAGACAGGGGCAUCAGCAGCCGCUGCCGAAGCAUCAUCGCAGCGGCAGCACGAGCAAGAAGACGAGCAAGAGCAGCAGCAGCAGCAGCAUCAGCAGCAAGGGUCACAGCAGCAGCAGCAAGUGGGGCAACAGCACAGCACUUUGACUGCUGAUUUCCAGGAGAUGGCGUCGCGAGCGGCGCGGGAAGCCACACCACAGGGGGCGUCGGGAGGGCCUCCUGCUGCUGCUACCCCUGCUGCUGCUGCUGCUGCUUCUACUGCUGCCGAUUUUCAAGUGCAGCCUGAGUCCGUGAGGCGGUUUCUGCUGCAGCAUGGCCGCAAACCGCCAUUGCCCUCGUUAAGGGCCCCACCGCAGAGAGCCGAUCAGCAGCUGCAGAUGAUACAAGAGCAGUUGCUGGAGCAGCACAGGCAGCAGUGUGCCAAAGACAAGCAAAAGGGACAGGGGCGUCCUCGUGUGCAGCAGCAGCGGCAGCUUAACGGCGCAGACGGGAUCACGGAAGAAAACCUGCAGCAGAAGCUACACUACGCAAGGGAGCAGCUGCAGAAGCGGCAGCAGCAGGAGCUUGACCAACUCGAGGAGGACCUUAAACGGCACCUUCUUCUGCUUGCGAGGGUGAAAGAGGAGCAGCAGCAAGCUGCAGAGAGUAGCUGCAGCAGCAGCAGCGGCAGUAGCAGUGGAAGUAGCAGCGGCAACGGUAACCGUGAUGCAUUCGGAGUCAGCGUGCAGUCUCAACGCCGCCCCAGUGAAGCGGAACUGCAGCGGCAGCAACUACAGCAGGAGCAACAACAAAUGCGCCUUCAGCAGCAACAAGACGUCCUUUUUGAGCAGCUGCAGCAGCUCGCGCUGUUGGGGGGACUGGAGGCCUUCCUUGGAGCCGAGAGCAGCAGCAACAGCACCAACAACAGCACCAACAACAGCACCAGCAACAGCACCAGCAACAGUACCAGUAACAGUUCCAGCAACAGCACCAGCAACAGUACCAGUAACAGUUCCAGCAACAGCAAUGGUGGCAAUGGCAGCAGCAGCAGCAGCAGCAAUAGCAGUAGUAGUAGCAGCAGCAGCAGCAGAGUCCCUGAUGACGUCGUCAGCCGAGCCCCAGAAGCAGAACAGCCUGCAGUACGGGAGCGGCAUCCUCAUGCUGCAAGGCGUCGACCAGGAGAUGGGCCUGCGGGGGAGAGAGCUGAGAGGAGAGAAGUGUCUCCUUCAAGGCAGCAAAGUGCGCAGGGUGUCUCCUUGGCUCCAAGGGAGAGGAGAUGA